AUGAAAUAUUUAUGUCUUGACCCGUCUGGAACUGGCACUACCGGAGUAUUUUUUUUUCAGGUUGCUGGCAAAUCAAAACAUGAGUUUUCUGAAUACAAAAGAACCGUCGGAUUAUACAAAUUAAUUGGUGGUAUUGUGGCUUUAAAAUAUGUUUUUAAUUUUAUUCAAGAGGUAAACAGUAUUGCGGUUAAUCAAGUCAAACCUUUUAAGGACAAACUUUUUCGUGGUCAGGAACAAAUAGAAAAUCUCACUUGUCAAGCCGGACGGGGCAAAGAAAGCAAGAAAAGCAUUAAAAGGAAAAUAAAAGAUUUAAAAUCCAAAAAGAGAUUAGGUAUUAGACAAAAAGAAGAAUUAGAAAGGUUAGAAAAUAUUUUGGCAAAAAGAGAUUUUAAUUAG